AUGUGCUAUACUUCUGCUAUGUUAUAUUUCUGUGACACACCACCGUUGGUCUGCACAAGCCUCCCUUUCUCCAACGCCACAGUCCUCACGACCUCCAAAACCAGCGUAAUGAUCUCCAACACCACAGCACUUACUAUCUCCAACAACAACACUUACUAUCUCCAUCGCCACACCACAGCCCUCAUGACCCUCUCCAACACUACCACAUUCCUCACCAUCUCCAACACUACCACAGCCCUCACUAUCUCCAACAGUACCUCAGCCCUCACCAUUCCUUAUAUCACAGCCCUCACCCUCUCCAACACCCUUCCUCACCAUCUCCAACACUACCAGCCCUCACCAUCUCUAACACUACCACAUUCCUCACCAUCUCCAACACUACCACAUUCCUCACCAUCUCCAACACUACCACAUUCCUCACCAUCUCAAACACUACCAGCCCUCACCCUCUCCAACACUACCACAUUCCUCACCAUCUCCAACACUACCACAUUCCUCACCAUCUCAAACACUACCACAUUCCUCACCAUCUCCAACACUACCACAAGCCUCACCAUCUCCAACACUACCACAUUCCUCACCAUCUCCAACACUACCACAUUCCUCACCAUCUCCAACACUACCACAUUCCUCACCAUCUCCAACACUACCACAUUCCUCACCAUCUCCAACACUACCACAGUCUUAACAACCCAUAGCGCUUAA